AUGAGGAGAAAAAGAGCUAGGUCACAGCAGCAUGACCACUUCAACAAGGAUGUUAUAUUACUUCCAAAUCCAUCAUGCGAAACAGUGUGCAAACAAGGUCCAAAAUUACGAUUGCACAAACAUGGGCACAUCCUCAGUGCCUUUGAGUUCCAGAAGGCCUGGGACCACCAGGCUGUUAUGGCACACAUCAGAGAUGGUUUUGGUCAGCUCAUUCCAGAGGAUGUCAGCCUCCAGUUUCUAAUGGGUUGCGGCAACAAGCUGGUGUCCCCUAAACUCCAGGAGGGCCAGGGGCUGAAUGCAAUGCUGAUCCACAAGAUUUUCAGAACCAAAGGCCUGUAUGUGAGACCAUCAAGGACCCUUUUCACCAGCAGGGUUGCUACAAUGGAUGGAGAUGGCAACCCUGGCACUAGCGGUCAUGAUGAAGACUACUCUUCAUAUUUAACACUUAUGGCUGCUCAUCCUGAUGACUCGUCAGAUGAUGAGGAAUUAAACCAGGCUAUAAUUGCCAGUAUGGAGAGUCAAAUUGCAGAAAAGGUCCCGGUUCAAGAGAUACUGCUGGAACUCUCAAGCAAAAUUAGCACAAAACAACUGUGCAAAUUUAAUAUAAAUCGCUCUGCUGUCUGGGAGGGAGCCGUGAGAGGAUUCCAAAGGGUGUCCUAUAGCCCCAACUUGAUGAUCUGUGUAAAAUUCUCAGAUGACAUGGGGAGAAAUGAGGAAGGGAUUGAUUUAGGAGGGCCAAGGAGAGAAUUCUUGAGGCUGCUAAUGGAGACCAUGGCCAGGUCACCCAUGUUUGAGGGAAAAGAAAACAGCAAGAACUUGGCUCUUGACAGUGCUGCUCUAAGGGAGGACCGAUACUACACAGCUGGCAGAGCCAUUGCUGUAAGCUUGGUACAUGGCGGUCCGCCACCAAACUUCCUCUCACCAACAGUAUUUUCUCUUCUGGUUGAUGGUUCAGCAAAACCAGUGCUAGAAGACAUAGCUGACAUGGAACUUUUGGAAAAAGUCCAUAAGGUAUCUGAAAGUACAACCCUUGAGGACCUUGAGAUGACAAAGGAACCUCUACUUGACUACUUGGCCAAUGCAGGAUGUCUGAGGCCUAUGCGAUCUAUAGGAGACAGGGAUUUGCUGGUACAUGACAUUGUCAUGUUCCAGGUCAUCUACAGGGUUCAAGGUCCAUUUCAAAGAUUCAGUGAAGGACUGAAAACUCUUGGGGUUCUGGAGAAAAUCCAAAGGCAUCCAGACAGCUUUCGCCCCCUGUUCUGCUAUGAGCCAAGCACUCUGACUGCUGACCAGGUGGAUGAUGUUUUCAGAAUUUGGCUGUCUCCAGAAGGGAGCAACACGAGAGCUGCUGAGGAGAUAGUUGUUACCUUCUGGAGAGACUAUCUCCAGGAUGCAGAGGAGGGAGAAGGGCCAUCCAAACUACAAAAAAUAUUGUCCUUUGCAACUGGAGCAUCUGUGCUACCACCGAUUGGCUUUUCUCCAACUCCCUCUGUCCAGUUCAUUCAGAAGGAAGAUGACGACUUCUCCUGUACACCGAUGUUCCCUCUGGCCAACACAUGUGUCAACUGCAUCAAGUUGCCACUACAUGUGUCAUAUCAACAGUUUAAGGAAAAGUUCGACUUCGCUUUAGGGAACUCAUAUGGGUUUGGCAGGGCAUAA